AUGAGAGGGCAGCAAACCAUAGGUCUGUGCCUUCUGGCACUAGGGACCUUCCUCAGCCAAGGACAUGGCGUGGUCGCAGAGGAUCCUAGAUGCGACUCCGAGGCUGACAUCGUAUUCAUACUUGACGCAUCAGGUAGCGUCGGUGAUCCAAAUUUCGAAAAGAUGAGAGAUUUUGUGGAGGGUAUGGUGCGAAAACUCGCCCUAGAUUCCGGGGCUGUUCGAGUUGGACUCCUGUCUUAUUCCUUCACGGCUGACCCAGUCUUCAACCUAAAUGACCACAGCAGCAAUGUAGAUGUACUCCUCGGGAUCCAAGGAAUGGGCUACAGCGGUGGAGGAACCAGUACUGCCGUCGCAAUCAAAUACGCCAGGGAAACCAUGUUUACAGUUGCCAAUGGUGAUCGCAGCUCCGCAAAGAAUAUUGCGGUUGUUGUAACUGAUGGAAAAUCGAGUGAUCCCGCUGGUACUUUGGCUGAAUCUGCUCUGGCGCAUGAUGCUGGGAUUACCUUAUUCGCGCUAGGUAUCGGGGAUGCUGUGGAUACGGAUGAGCUGAAGGGCAUUGCCUCUGACCCUGAUGAAGAGUACAUGUACCGAGUUAGUUCCUUCGAUGUCCUUUCCUCUGUGUCUGACACCAUUGUGGAUGGGACAUGUUAUGUUCCAGAACCGCCGACGACCACAGAAGCUAUUACUACUCCGGAAGCAACAACCAUUAUGCCUACCACUACGCCAGUACCAACAACUACCAGCACAACUAUGCCUGAGACAACCAUGACACUUGCACCAACAACGACACCUGAACCAACCACCAUGCCGACAUCGACGCCAGUACCAAUCGGAUGCAGCACAAUGGCCGACAUAGUGUUCAUCGUUGACGGGUCAGGAAGCGUGGGAGAUGCAGAGUUCCCGAAGAUGCAACAAUUUGUCGUAGACAUCGUCAGUGACUUCGACAUCGACUCCGGCGCUAUUCGAGUUGGCCUGAUGUCUUACUCGUUCGUUCCGAAUCUGCACUUCCAUCUGAAUGGCUUUACAAACAAAGCUGAUAUCCUGACUGGUAUCAAAAACAUGCCCUACAACGGAGGCGGAACCUACACUGGCCAGGCAAUCGAGUACGCACGCGACACCAUGUUUACCGCUGCCAAUGGCGAACGUAGUCACGCGCCGAAUAUUAUCAUCAUUUUGACUGAUGGAGAUUCCAAUGAAUUUCCCAAUACGGUACUGCAAUCUCAGUUGGCACAUCAAGAUAACAUUACCAUAUUUGCCAUCGGAAUUGGCAAAGGUAUUGGUCUCACUGAACUCCAAGCAAUUGCCACUGAUCCUGACAGCAAGUACAUGUUUCAAGUUAAUAACUUUGAUGCGUUGGACUCAAUAAAGGAGGCGAUUAUGAACAAGGCGUGUGAAGCGGCCGUAGGUACAACAACAGUUCCUCCAACAACAACGCCGACAACAACACCAGCAACGACAGUGCCAACAACACCGGGUCCAGGUAGGUGA